GGCAAGCAGGCCUACCUUGGCGGAUACUCAACAGAGGAGGAGGCAGCUGAGGCGCACGAUGUGGCAGCGCUGAAGUGCCAUGGCCUGAAAGCCAAGACCAAUUUCCACAUCAGCAGGUACACAGCGCUGCUGGAUCGGCUGGACAGCGUGCCCAUGAAUGAGCUGGUGAUGGCCAUCCGGCGCACCAGCCCCGGCUUCACUCGCGGCUCCUCCUCCUUCCGAGGCGUCACCCAGCACAAGAGCGGCCGCUGGGAGGUGCGCAUUGGACUGCGCGGCAGCAAGCACGUGUACUUGGGCCUGCACAGCAGCGAGGUGGAGGCUGCACGUGUUUAUGACCGCGCCCUCGUCCUCCUGACUGGAUCCUCCGCCGCCACCAACUUCCCUGUGUCCAACUACACCAAGGAGCUCGAGGCCUACCAGAUGUGCGGCCCAUGCCUCUCAUGCAGUCUCAAGUACUCAUUGUGCCCACCAAAUUUGUAG